AUGCCCAGGAACAGGGCUUUCUCCGAGCCCGAGUACUCGGCCGAGUACUCCGCCGACUACUCGGUGAGCUUGCCGUCGGACCCUGAGCACGGUGUGGGUCGGACCCACGAGGUGACGGUGCGCAGCUCGGGGCCCUGCCUGUGCCUCCCCCGCUUCAUGCGCCUCACCUUCGCUCCCGAGUCCUUGGAGAACCUCUACCAGACCUAUUUCCGUCGCCAACGCCACGAAACCCUCCUGGUGCUGGUGGUCUUCGCUGCUCUCUUUGACUGCUACGUCCUCAUCAUGUGCACCGUGGUCUACACUGCCGACAAGCUGGCCCCGGUGCUGGCGGCAGUGGUCGGGCUGGUGGCCCACGUCCUGCUCUUCAUCCUUUGCAAGUACAAGCUGCUCCCUGAGCGGUUAGCCCGCAGGGUCCUGCCUUACGUCCUCUGGGUCCUCAUCUUAGCCCAGAUCUUCUGCUACCUUGGUCUGAAUUUCUCUCGCUCUCCCGAGGCCAGCGACACGGUGGGCUGGCAGGCUUUCUUCGUCUUCUCCUUCUUCAUCACCCUGCCCCUGCGCUUGGCCCCCAUCGUGCUCAUCACUGCCGUCUCCUGCGGCGUUCACACUCUGGUUCUCGGUGUCACCGUUGCCCAGCAGCGACAGGACGCCCUGGACGAGGGCACACUGCUGAGACAGAUCCUGUCCAAUGUUGCCAUCUACCUUUGUGCCAUCACGGUGGGCACCAUGUCCUACUACAUGGCCGACCGCAAGCACCGCAAAGCCUUCCUCGAAGCGCGCCAGUCCCUCGAGGUCAAGCUGAACCUGGAGGAGCAGAGCCAGCAGCAGGAGCGGCUGAUGCUGUCCAUCCUGCCCAAACACGUGGCUGAUGAGAUGCUGAAGGACAUGAAGAAGGACCCGAGCCAGAAGGAGAUGCAGCAGUUUAACACCAUGUACAUGUACCGCCAUGAGAACGUCAGCAUCCUGUUUGCUGACAUCGUGGGCUUCACCCAGCUCUCCUCGUCCUGCAGUGCCCAGGAGCUGGUGAAGCUCCUCAAUGAGCUCUUUGCCCGCUUUGACAAGCUGGCAGCUAAAUACCAUCAGCUGCGCAUCAAGAUCUUGGGAGACUGCUACUACUGCAUUUGUGGGCUCCCCGAGUACCGGGAGGACCACGCUGUCUGCUCCAUCAUGAUGGGGUUGGCCAUGGUGGAGGCCAUUUCCUACGUGCGGGAGAAGACCAAGACAGCGGUGGACAUGCGGGUGGGGGUGCACAGCGGGACGGUGCUGGGCGGAGUGCUGGGCCAGAAGCGCUGGCAGUACGAUGUCUGGUCCACCGACGUCACCGUGGCCAACAAGAUGGAGGCAGGUGGCAUCCCUGGGCGGGUGCACAUCUCGCAGAGCACCAUGGAUUGCCUGAAGGGUGAGUUCGAGGUGGAGCCAGGCGAAGGUGGGUCCCGCUGUGAGUACCUGAAGGAGAAGGGCAUCAUCACCUACCUCGUCGUGGUCCCCAAGCAGCCCCUGCGCAACGGCAUCAACGGGGUGGUGAGUAAUGGUGCUGAUGCCUCAUCCCAUGGCGGCUCCCCAUCGCUGGUCAACACCAAAGAGUGCAACGGCAGCCUCAGCCUGGCCUGCACCAGCCCCGAGGAGCUUGAGGAGCCUGACGCCAGGGCGGUGAACCCUUCCUUCCCCAACCCUCGGCGGCGGCUGCGGCUGCGGGACCUGGCCGAGCGCGUCAUCGACGCCUCACAGAACGAGCAGGAGCUCAACAAGCUGCUCAACGAGGCCCUGCUGGAGCGCGAGUCCAUCCAGGCGCUGAAGGGGAAGAGCACCUUCCGGCUUUCCAUGCGCUUCAUCGACCCCGAGAUGGAGACGCGCUACUCGGUGGAGAAGGAGAAGCAGAGUGGGGCUGCCUUCAGCUGCUCCUGCGUUGUUCUCUUCUUCACUGCCUUGGUGGAGGUCUUCAUUGACCCUUGGUUGGUGGCCAACUACGUGACCUUUGUGGUGGGGGAGAUCCUGCUGCUCAUUCUCACUCUCUGCUCCUUGGCUGCUAUCUUUCCCCGGGUCUUCCCCAAAAAGCUUGUGUCCUUCUCCACCUGGAUCGACAGGACCCGCUGGGCACGCAACACCUGGGCCAUGGCCGCCAUCAUCAUCGUCACUAUGGCUGACAUCGUGGACAUGCUCAGCUGCUGGCAGGACAACGGCAGGAUGGGCAAUGGGACUGUGGGGCCACCACAGCUGGGGGGCUGUGGGGAGCAGCCCAAGUACUACAGCUACAUCGCCUUGCUAGCCUUGGUGGCCACCAUCAUGCUGGUGCAGGUCAGCCACAUGGUCAAGCUGACCCUCAUGGUGCUGAUCACCGGGGCCACUGGUGCUGUCAACAUCCUCGCCUGGGAGCACAUCUUUGACCAGUAUGACCACCGUCGUGGCCAGCAAAGCACGUUGCCCCCCAUCCACCUGCACCUUGCCAUUUCUCUUGGCAGGUCCUCGAUUGUCCCUUCCAAGUACUCCAUGACAACGAUGAUCUUCAUCGUGAUGCUCAGCUUCUACUACUUCUCUCGACAUGUGGAAAAGCUGGCCAGAACCCUUUUCCUGUGGAAGAUUGAUGUUCACGACCAGAAGGAGCGAGUCUACGAGAUGAGGCGCUGGAACGAAGCCCUUGUCACCAACAUGCUGCCCGAGCACGUGGCCCGGCACUUCCUGGGCUCCAAGAAGCGGGAUGAGGAGCUGUACAGCCAGUCCUACGAUGAGAUCGGGGUCAUGUUUGCAUCUCUCCCCAACUUUGCUGACUUCUACACAGAGGAGAGCAUCAACAACGGAGGCAUUGAGUGUCUGCGGUUCCUCAACGAGAUCAUCUCUGACUUUGACGCGCUCCUGGAUGAACCCCAGUUCCGGUGCAUCACCAAAAUUAAAACCAUCGGCAGCACCUACAUGGCCGCCUCAGGAGUGACCCCUGAUGCCAAUGCCAAUGGCUACAGUGCCAAGAAGGAGACCCUCUCAGAUAAGGAGCGCUGGCAGCACCUGGCCGACCUCGCUGACUUUGCCUUAGCCAUGAAGGUGACACUGAUGAACAUCAACUACCAGUCCUUCAAUAACUUCAUGCUCCGAAUAGGCAUGAACAAGGGAGCUGUGCUGGCUGGUGUCAUCGGUGCCCGCAAGCCACACUACGACAUCUGGGGCAACACAGUGAACGUGGCCAGCAGGAUGGAGUCCACUGGCGUGAUGGGGAACAUACAGGUGGUGGAGGAGACUCACCUCAUCCUGAAGGAAUAUGGCUUCCGCUUCGUGCGCCGGGGAGCCAUCUAUGUCAAGGGCAAAGGGGAGCUGCUCACCUUCUUCCUCAAGGGCCGGGAGAAGCAAGGCUCCUUCAUCAAUGGCCCCUCUGUCACCCUUCCCCACCAGGUGGUGGACAGUUCAUGAAGG